GGAGGAGUGCCCUCUUCAAGGAACUAUGAUGGUGGGUUUUCAUCUAAACUAAUGGCCAAAGAUUUAAACCUUGCUGCGGAAUCUGCUAAAGAGGUUGGUCUUAGAUGCCCACUGAUCUCUCAAGCACAAAAAAUAGAUUAGUGGAGGAAAUUCAAUUCGCUGGUGAGAAGAAGAGGAGGCUGGCAAGAGGAUGGGACAAUGGCUCUCUUAACAAAAAGGAGGAGGAGACUGAACCUGCAGAUGAAGAAGAAGAAGAAGAAGAAGAUGAUGAUGAUGAUGAAGAACAGCCUUUAAGUCCAAAAGUGAGCCAUGGAUAUGAUUUGGUGAAAGGAAAAAUGGGACAUGGAAUGGAAGAUUAUAUCGUGGUUGAAACUAGGCGUGUCAAUCGGCAUCAACUGGGAUUAUACGCGAUCUUUGAUGGUCAUUCGGGUUCUCAAGUUGCUGAAUAUUUGCACACACAUCUCUUUGAUAACAUAUUAUCUCAGCCUGCUUUCUGGACGAAUCCAAAGCAAGCUAUCAAGAGAGCCUACAAAGUUACAGACGACGAGAUCUUGAAGAAUGUUGCUGGUUUCCGAGGAGGCUCCACAACAGUUACUGCAAUACUUAAAGACAGAAAGACACUAAUUGUCGCUAGUGUUGGCGAUUCUCGAGCAAUCUUAUGCAGAAAUGGGAAAGCCAAACAAAUAACCACAGAUCAUGAACCUGAGAAAGAGAGAGAUUUGAUUGAGAGCAAAGGUGGAUUUGUAUCUCAAAAGCCUGGAAAUGUCCCACGUGUGGAUGGGGAACUAGCGAUGACAAGAGCAUUCGGAGAUGGAAAACUAAAGGAUCAUAUCACGUCGAAACCAGAUGUGAGAAGUGAAGUGAUUGAUGAGGAUACUGAAUUGAUCAUUUUGGCAAGUGAUGGCCUGUGGAAGGUUAUGUCAAACCAGGAGGCUAUCGAUUGCAUUAAAAAUGCUAAAAAUGCGCAGGAAGCAUCUGAAAAGUUGAUCGAAGAGGCAUUGUCUAGAGAUAGUAAAGAUGAUAUAUCUUGCAUAGUUUGUAUCUUUCAGCUGAUCUAGUUCGUAUAAACUUAAUAUUACAAGCAAGUUCCUGGGUGAGUUGAAGUCGAGAUUUGAAGUUCUGUUAUUAUUCGUUCUUGUUUGAUUACUUUCAAGAGCAGAAAUCUCUGGAAACAAUUGAUGAAGGAUGUUAGUUUUUUCCACAACCUAAAUUUCUUGCCCAGUUGUUUCAUUAUUUCCUAUUUAGUAAGAAAGCUCGGCUAUGCAUAUAU